GCAGCAGCAGCAGCAGCACCACUCGCAGUCAAGCAGCGGGACUCCAGGCACUCACUUCCCCAGCUGCUGACGUCAGCUGGCAGCCUGGGCUGUGCUCGCCGCUCCGCACAUAGCGCCGAGAAAAAUGCUGCUCUCCGUACCGCCAAGGGCAGGAAUCAACCCAUACAACGGCUAUAACAGCAGAAACAGCAAAAAGCAGGCCUAUGUGUCCUCCGGCCACCAGAUGGCACCCCCCAGUCCCAACACCAACAGUAGCAGCAACAGCAGCAGCGGGGGAGGGGAACAGUUGAGUAAAACAAACCUGUAUAUCCGCGGCCUCCAUCCGGGAACCACGGACCAAGACCUGGUCAAACUCUGCCAACCGUAUGGCAAGAUUGUGUCGACCAAGGCCAUCUUGGAUAAAACAACCAACAAAUGUAAAGGGUAUGGCUUUGUGGACUUUGAUAGUCCAGCAGCAGCACAGAAAGCUGUUACAGCUCUGAAGUCCAGUGGUGUCCAGGCUCAGAUGGCCAAACAACAGGAGCAAGACCCCACCAACCUCUACAUCUCCAACCUGCCAGUGUCUAUGGACGAGCAAGAGCUGGAGAGCAUGCUCAAGUCCUUUGGCCAGGUCAUUUCCACACGUAUCCUGAGAGAUGCCAAUGGGACCAGCCGCGGUGUGGGAUUUGCCAGAAUGGAGUCCACAGAGAAGUGCGAGGCCAUAAUUCAGCAUUUCAAUGGGAAAUUCAUCAAGACUCCACCAGGAGUGCCUGUGCCCACAGAGCCCUUAUUAUGUAAGUUUGCAGACGGAGGUCAGAAGAAGAGGCAGAACCAGGGGAAGUACCUCCAGAAUGGAAGGCCCUGGGCUAGAGACGGAGACACGGGAGGAAUGACGCUUGCGUAUGACCCCACAGCGUUACAAAAUGGCUUCUACUCCUCGCCCUACAGUCUGCCUCCAAACCGAAUGAUCGCCCAGACUUCCCUCUCACCCUACAUGCAUUCUCCCGUCUCUUCCUACCAGGUACACAGCCCGUCCUGGAUGCACCAUCAGUCAUACCUCAUGCAGCCAGCUGGUACAGUUCUUACCCCAACAAUGGAUCAUGCUAUGUCCAUCCAGCCCACGUCCAUGAUGGGACCUCUCACCCAGCAGCUAAGCCACCUGUCCCUGGGCAGCACGGGCACAUAUAUUCCGGCCAACACAACUAUGCAGGGGACCUACAUCCCCCAGUACACCCCAGUGCCUCCCUCCAGUGUCCCAGUAGAGGAAAAUGGUGGUCAACAGCAACAGGUUGCCAUGGAGACUCCCACAGAACACACAAACUACUCGUACCAACACACCAAGUGAAGCUAAGCUCCCAGCAGGGUGGGGCCGAGGGCACGAAAUGAAUCUAACCAAACAGGAUUCAGCUGGAAGAGAUCUGUGCUCCAUACCAUCACCAAGCACCCGGACUUGAACAUGGAUAAAAAAGGAACAUGUGUAUGCGCGCGUUUGUGUGUACAUGUGAGUGUGUGUUUGUGUGCGUGUGUGUGUGUGUGUGUCUGUUUUUUUUUUUUUUUUUUUUUUUGUUUUUUGUUGUUUUUUUUUUUUUUUACGAAAAAGGACAACACUUACUUCAUUGGACUUUUCUGCUCACAUCCUCAAGAGUUGAUCAACCAAAGGUGGGAAUCUUCUUCAGAGAAGCUUUGAUCUAUUUUGAUAACUGAAAAAGGAACAUAACAAGAAGUUAAAAAAAAAACUUAAGAGAGGAGGAAAAGACACAGAGCAUUAUUUUUGUGCACGUAAUAUAACAAAUUCUUAUUUUUAAAAAAGCAUUCUGGACGUUUCAGAGUGAUUCAAGGAAGAGUUGAAACACAAUGUGUCUUUUAUUUUUUUGUAAGAUAUGCAAACUUUUAUUUUUAUUUCCUGAUGUCUGUUGUUUGACAUUCUAUUUGCAGCAGCGGGGGCAACAAUUUGUACAGAUUUAAAAACUUCACAAACACUUUUGCUGGUCUGAUGUGUCGAGUCAUUGUUAACCGUGGGAGGCAAACCGUUUAAAGCUACUUCUUCCUGUAACUGCUGCAGAGAUUUCUAUUCACGCACAGAUGAUAAAAUAACAUUAACUGUUUAUAGUUUAGUCAAAUUCAUUUUGUUUUUGAAAUUUUAAACCAUUCUUUCAUAAGUGAACAAAAGACAAUCAAUUAUUUCUAUUUAUAUUUGAAUUAUAGUUCUAUUUUUUAGAGUUUUUAGAUCAUUGAAACUUACAUUUAUAGAAAAGAAGUUAUUUAAUACUGUAGUCUGUAAAGACAAGGUGAAAUGGACUUUAAUGGAUCUUUACUCCACACAUUAAUAAUGAGCUCUAAUAUUUUGCUCAUGAAAAUUAUUCUUUUUUUGGUGGUUGGAUGACUUUCAGUUCAGUUCAAGUCCUGUAUUAGCCAUCAAAAAAAAAAAAAAACACAUCAAAGCGACACCUCUUCAAACUAACAGUCGUCCUGCUUUGUUUUAAUGUAACUUCCACGUUACGUCCUCGUCCAUGAGAAGUGGUUUUAAGCGGUUUUGUAGUGGCAAACCUUCAGGUAUCAUUAAAUUCAUUCUUUGUCGAAAGGGAUGAAGUGAACAUGCUUUAGAUCUGAGCAGUUAGAUUACUGAAACAUUAAUGUGUACAAAGAACAAUGCAGUUACUAAAUUAAGAUAUAGUUUAGCGAACGCAAUGAGGGAAAUCACAUAAAAGACUAACAAAAUCCCUGAGAAUAAUUUGUCUGAAAGGAAAGGGAGCUGUAAGUCUUUUUUUUCAAUGCUGCUGUUGUCACCUGAGUUUGAUUCUCUUGUCAGUGAUUUUUUUGAGUUUGUAGAAAGUAAAAUGUCUUCUGUUUUUUUUCUUGUCUGUCACUUGAAAACCUUUGUGCUAAUUUGCCUUAUUUCUUGAUUUUAUCUUUGAAGUAGAUUAGAUUUUUAGCUGUAGAUUUUAGCUUUUCCUAGAGAGUAGACGUUAGCCUUUUUCCACGUAGGGAUUGAUGCUGUUUUACUUGUGGACAUCGAGUUUUUGUUUUUCCGCAUGAAUUUCCCGCCCUUGUGUCGUCCUUAUAUUACAUCGGGCCCAUUUGUGGAAAGCCUUUUUUUUUUUUCAGAGAGAAGAGCUGAACCAAACAAUGACUUCAUUUAGCGCUGAUCCAAUAAGAUUCAUACUGAUGCUGCGUCAGUGUCGCGUGGCUUCGUCCAUUCGAGCCCAGGUAUGUUUCAGUCAGCGUGACGAGUGAAGCUCAUGUCAUCACAUACAGUACAUCCAAAUAUGUUGAAUUAAUUUAUACAGACAUCAAAAACUGUAGAUAUGUAGAUAAUAGAAAUAAUGGUUUUACAAAGGACUGCUCACUAGACCAUGGAAGUGCCAUUAAAGAUGAUUCUUACAGCCUUUAGUGAGACAGCAAGUCUGAAUGAAUUUGAGAGUGAUCCAAAAUCCUGCAAAAACUAUUUUUAGCUAAGCCUUAAUGUUUUUUCUCUGGAUGAACUGCCUGAUCUCUCACAGGAUUGACACUAAGUUGUAAAUACUACGGAAAUGGCAACAGGCUUGUUUGAACGCCACCGAGUUAGUCGUCAUGUCAGUCGAGUUAGCUAGCUUGUAGGGUCACAAGGAGCUUCUUUUCCCGCUCUUUGACCGCUUGUGUUUGAAAAUCCAGUGAAAAAAAUGCUGCGUGUGAUAACGUCUUUCUCGAGGCUCGCAGUUUGAUGAUUCUGACUCUGUUUUGUCUUUGUAAUUUUUUUCUACACAUCUUUUUUUUUUUUUUUUUUUUUUUGCUGUGUGUUUCUGUUGUUCAUUUCUGCAACCAAAGAUGUUGUAGCCACCCUCCUGUUAGCUCUCUGUCACAGAUAAACUGCUCUCAUCCACAGACGAUCAUCUGCUGUGUGUAGCUGGUUAAAAUGCAUGUUUUUCUUUCCCGGUUCUGAUUGAUUCAGAAAGAGAUGGAUCACAAUAAGGGUGUUUACAUGCACACAAUAUGCUCCACAGUCCACAUUAUGGCAGUCAUAGGGUUUUGUGACAAACAUUUUUGGGCCCUGACAUAUCAAAAUAUUUCAGCUGAUUUUCAACAUGAACAACUUGAGAAAUGAUCUGGUUGUGCUUCCACAUGUUAAUAGAGCUGAGUUUCUCUCAGUCUACGUAAUGGAGUGUUGGAGUGCAUGUAAACAGGCUCAUUAUGAACUUUACUGGCUUCAGCAGACGCCCUGGAGGAAUACAGAGCGCAGCUUUUAUGAGGGGUGAGAGUUACACGAGAGCUAAUUUUGUAAAUAGUCUAUUUUUUUCCCUUCCACUCACUCUUUACACCAUUCUGUUUGUUUCUUCUUGUGUGUUCUCUUGAUUUUUUUUUCUAUGAUUUAUAACCUGUCCAGAUAACACAGUGACUAGCAAGUUUUCAGAUUCAGUGCACCAUGAAGGAAAAUGUCAUGGAUAUUGUUCAUAUGUUCAGAGAAAUGAUAUUCCAUGUAUUAGCCAUCACUUUUAAUACAAAAAACAGGAUUUUGAAACUAUGAAAUGACCACUUGUUACAAUACAGUGUUUAUUUAUUUUUAUUUUAUCUUAUUUUUUACAAACUUGUUAGCAGAGAUAAUAUUACAGGAAACCAUGAUGCUCCAAAAUGAAUUUGCAUCAUGAAAAAUGAGAGGACCUUACAUUUAAAUAGGAAUACUAAGAUCAGUGGUGUACUCUGUAUGAGUACACAAUAUUUGAAAAAGAAAUUCUCCUUGCACUUAUUAUUUUUAGUCCACAUCAAUUUGAAAAUGCUCUUUUAGUCCAUAGUAAUGUAGAUCUGAUGGCUUAUUUCAUAGCUUCAAAAUGUUUUGCUGCUAAAACAGGAUUUCCAAACAGGUGGUUAGACGUUGCCCAGUCAGGAUUUUCAAAAUGUCUCCUUUUAUUUUAAUUUAGUCGAUACUAGUGGCCCUCAUUUGUUUGAUUUUAAAUAAUAACUCCAUGAUACUAAUAUGUUCUAAAUAGCUUACUAUUAUUUUUGCUAAUAGGCUGUUGAAAUAGUUGUAUUUUACUUAACUGUAACUCAGAAAUGUGACGUUUCUGAACAGGAAAUACUAAAAACAUGUCUCAUUGCUCAACACUGUAUGAACCAAGUUUAUGUGUCACAGGCAUUUUGAAAAUACGCCGGGCUCGUCUCACUCUCUGCUUGCGAACAGUUUUCUUAUUUAUACAAGAACUCAUUUUGUACAGUUUUGUUAGAGGAAAGAGGUUUUGAUAUUUGGUUAUUUUGCAAAGCCACUUGGCUACUUUUGUCUUCCUGUGCCAGAGUUGCUAAAAUUGUCUGUAACUUGUGUUUUUUUUAUUGAUUGAGAUAAGAUUUUUCCUUCUUUCUUGGUUUUCUCUUUGAAUUUGAAUAUGUCAGUUUUUCUUUCUUUUUUUUAAUAAAAGUCUUGUUUCAAUGA